AUGGAGUUUUCCCAUGUUGUUGGUGCUCAGAAGUUGAGUGGCAGUGGUGAGUCUGGGUGGACAAUGUACCUUGCCUCCCCUACUCAUGGUGAAAGAGAUGGUGUUGAUUCCAGUAGUUAUGAUACAACGAAAGGAAAUAACGCGAGCAUUGAGCACCAGAACGACGUCGACGACGGUGAAGAGAGUGAUGAUUCCAUGGCUUCAGAUGCCUCCUCCGGCCCAAGUCACCCUGACAAAAGUAGUCACGGAGCAACUCGUCAAAGGCGUCCAAAAACCGAAGGGAAUGUCAAGAAACACAGCACAAACAAGUUGAAGAAGACGAGCAAGAAUGAAAGUACAAUUAUCAAAGGAGAGAAAGCUGAGGAGGAAAUAUUGCAGCACAAGGCAGAUAGCGCUGCUAGUCGCAUUUGA